UCCUGUGUCUGCAGCUCCGGGUUGCUGCUCAGUGACAACAUGGCUGCGUUCCUGCGAGCUCGGAAAUAUGUCUGCUGUGUUGUCCGCUUCUCCGACCGUGAACUGUAAACGCUAGUGUUGACCGCUUGUGAGGAUAGAAAGACGACUUUCUGGCCACACUGUCAUGGCUGACGACAAUGCAGAUAAUGGAGGCAUGAUUGAGGAGGAGGAGGAUGAGGGUUCAGAUGACCCAAACCCUCAGCUGGAGCUCAGCGCGUUCAGAGCUCAGUGGAUGUCCGAACUCAAACCGAGCUCUGAAGCAGGCGGUGCGAGUAACCCGCUGCGGCGAGAGAAGGGUCGGCAGAGUACGCAGGAAAUCGCUCGUGAGGAAAAAGCCACAGAGCUGUUCUUGAGAGCUGUUCAUGAAGAGCAGAAUGGAGCUGGAUAUGAAGCUAUCAAGUUCUACCGCAUGGCUAUGCAGCUUGUGCCUGACAUUGAGUUUAAAGUCAACUACAGCCGUCCAGACGCGGAUCAAGUUGAAGGAAACUACAGGGAGGAGAAUGACGUUGAUGGAGAAAUUGAGGAUCUAGUUGCCUACUUUGAGCAUCAGCUCACUCUGGAAAACUCCUUUCCAAAGAUCUGCACUCCUGAGAUGGAAAGGAGUCAGAUGCACAUUUCAGCCUUGCCACGGGAAAUCCUGAUGUACAUAUUUCGUUGGGUAGUGUCGAGUGAUCUGGACAUGCGAGCCCUGGAGCAGCUCUCUUUGGUUUGCCGUGGAUUUUACAUGUGUGCAAGGGAUCCUGAGAUUUGGCGUUUAGCCUGUUUAAGAGUGUGGGGACGGAGCUGCACCAAACCUGUACCCUUCAUAUCCUGGAGAGAGAUGUUUCUGCAGAGGCCUCGUGUCCGUUUUGAUGGUGUCUAUAUCAGCAAGACAUCAUACAUGCGUCAAGGAGAGGAAUCCCUGGAUGGAUUUUACAGGGCUUGGCAUCACGUUGAGUACUACAGGUACCUCCGGUUCUUCCCUGAUGGCAGCGUAAUCAUGCUGACCACCCCUGAGGACCCUCUGUCUGUCGUUCCUCGCUUGCGUACUAGGAACACCAGAAUGGAUUCUGUCAUGUUCGGUCAUUUCCGUCUGUCACAAGAGACAGACAAUCAAACCAAAGUUUUUGCAGUUGUCUGCAAGAAGAAGGAGGAGAAAGUGGCCGAAAUUCAAAGGAAUCGGUUCUGCAGGCGGAACCCAGCUCCCGAGGCUGAGCACACCUUCCACGUGGGACUGAAUCUCACCUCUGGGGGGCGUCAGAGUUUCACUAAGCUGGUGUGGAACCACCACUCCUGCCACAUCACUUACAAGCUGUCUGGAGAAACAGUCAUCACUACUUUUGACCUGGACAGGAUGUACGCACCUUUCUUCUUUGCACGUGUGAAGAGUUACACAGCUUUCUCCGAGCAGCCACUCUAAACAUCCUGGCGACCUACACACACGAUCCCUCCUAAGUCUGGAGAUCACACCUGAAGGUCAUUCACCACUUUAACAAAAUGCAUUCUCCUCAACCUGUCUUAUUUGUGCUGCAGCUGGAUUAUAAUGUUAAUCAACCAACCUUCACGUUUCCUACACACAAGCAUGUUACGUUUCAGGUUUACAUGAUAGAAUACUACUUAUUUUUCUGAUUUCAGAAACGAUGAUAAUGCUGAAAGCUAAAAUAAUCACCAACCUGUCCCCCGCUAUUCCCAGCAAUGAAUGUUCAUACUGUUUUUGUUUCAUGGUGCACUUUCUCCCUCAAAUAAACAGUGGUGA